AUAAACAUUAUCUCUCUCCUCAUAAAUAAACAUCCCCAAACUAUUCACGGGUUUCACUUGAAUCGUUUGAUUUUCCCAUUUUCCCAAAACUACCAAAACAAUGGCCAAAGCGCCACCGUCAAUCUCUCUCCUCCUCCUCCUCUCCGCCGCCGUACUUCUCACCCUCCCUGCCGCUAUCUCCUCCAUAGGCGUCAACUACGGAACUCUCGGAAACCUCCCACCUCCGACUCAGGUGGCGAACUUCCUCAAGACUCAGACUACCAUAGACAGCGUCAAGAUCUUCAACGUGAAUCCAGAUAUCAUCCGUGCCUUCGCCGGAACGGGAAUCUCUGUGGUCGUCACCGUCCCUAACGGUGAUAUUCCGGCGUUAGCUAACGGGAUAGAAGCUCGUCGGUGGGUUUCUGCUAAUAUUCAACCGUUUCAUCCUCAGACAAAGAUCAAGUACAUCUCUGUCGGAAAUGAGAUUCUUCUCUCCGGAGAUGAUAACAUGAUCAAGAAUCUUUUACCGGCGAUGAAGAAUCUUAACGCUGCUUUGGUACGUGCUGGUGUCAAAGAUGUUAAGGUCACAACCGCACACUCACUUAACAUCAUAGCCUAUGAGCUUAACGGUGCACCAAGCAGCGGUCGAUUCAGACCUGGCUGGGACACAGGCGUAUUGGCUCCAAUCCUAGCUUACCAUCGCCAGACCAAGUCUCCUUUCAUGGUUAACCCUUACCCUUACUUCGGUUUCGACCCCAAAAACGUCAACUUCGCCAUUUUCCGCUCACCGUACAAGGCGGUCCGUGACCCGUUAACCGGCAAAGUCUACACAAACAUGUAUGAUACUCUCAUGGACUCGACUUACUCAGCCAUGAAAGCACUCGGCUACGACGAUGUUGACAUCGUCGUUGGUGAGACGGGAUGGCCGUCUGCCUGCGAUGCACCUUGGUGCUCUCUUGAAAACGCGGCUUGGUUCAACCUCAACAUUAUUAAACGUGCACAAGGCCAAGGAACACCUCUCAUGCCUAACCGACGGUUCGAGACUUACAUUUUCGGCCUGUUCAACGAAGAAGGCAAACCCGGUCCAACCGCAGAGCGAAACUGGGGGCUUUUCCGGUCAGAUUUUUCCCCGGUUUACGACGUUGGCCUCCUCAAAAACAAACAAGGUGGUGGUGGUGGCCGUCCAGCACCAGCGUUGCCAGCGCCUAGUGGUGGUGGUGGUAAAUGGUGUGUGGCCAAGUCGGAAGCUACCGAUGCGCAGUUGCAAGGGAAUAUUGACUGGGUGUGUAGUCAAGGAGGUGUUGACUGUAAACCGAUCCAAACCGGUGGUUCGUGCUUUAACCCUGGCAGUGUGAGGUCGCAAGCUUCUUUUGUGAUGAACGCUUAUUUCCAGAAAAACGGUCGCACUGACGGGUCAUGUAAUUUCAGUGGAACCGGAGUCAUCGCUGGGAACAACCCAAGCAAUGGUGCGUGUAAGUACUAAGUGAGACAUCUCUUUAAGAGAUUUGUCUAUGUAGCAUUUGUUCGGAUAGACUUAACAUUAUGUUUUCUGGAUAUUCUUCUGAUUUUAAGGUUUCUUUAUUCAUUUCCCUUUCUUUAAAUCCUUUUUAUUUGAAUAAAUGAAGAGGAACUUCUCAUAA